AGAAACAUCUAAACUCGAGACAGCACGAAGAGAAGUCAUUCAUAGCAAGUCUUCGAGCUGGUGUCAGGUUUUUAAAGCCUCCAGGCCCUCGCCCUGCGGGUUGAAUUCAUGAGCGUGCUCGGUGUGUAGUCCGUCCGUGGGGAUGGGAAGUGGAGUCCGGGAGCAACGAGCACCGCUGACGCAGGGAGAGGUGCUGCCGUUGGCGCCCUCCAGCCAGUCGGUGGAGAAAUAUGAGGGCAUGAAGCGCACUCGAUCCGUCCUCAACUCACUUUUCUCGGGGGCUUUAGCUGGAGCUGUGGCCAAGACGGCUGUCGCUCCGUUGGACAGAACUAAAAUCAUUUUCCAAGUUUCCUCAACAAGAUUUUCUGCCAAGGAAGCGUACAGGUUGAUUUACCGCACCUACCUGAAGGAUGGUUUCUUCAGUUUGUGGAGGGGGAACUCUGCCACCAUGGUGCGAGUCAUCCCGUACGCUGCCAUCCAGUUCUGUGCACAUGAGCAGUACAAGAGGCUGCUGGGAGGAUAUUAUGGCUUUCAGGGGAAAGCUCUGCCUCCAGUUCCAAGGUUGCUGGCUGGGUCCAUGGCGGGAACCACAGCGGCCAUGCUGACCUAUCCUCUGGACAUGGUGCGGGCUAGGAUGGCCGUAACGCCAAAAGAAAUGUACAGUAACAUUCUGCAUGUUUUUGUGCGGAUCUCUCGAGAAGAAGGCUUGAAGACGAUGUAUCGAGGUUUCACCCCCACUAUACUGGGCGUCAUCCCGUACGCUGGCCUCAGCUUUUUUACUUAUGAAACACUAAAGAAGAUGCAUGCAGAGCACAGCGGCCGCCCUCAGCCCUACACCUUCGAACGUCUGGCCUUUGGAGCCUGUGCGGGUCUCAUUGGCCAGUCGGCAUCUUACCCGCUGGAUGUGGUGAGACGGCGCAUGCAGACCGCAGGAGUGACGGGUCACACGUACGGCACCAUCCUGGGCACCAUGAGGGAGAUCGUGUCAGAAGAGGGGGUCGUCCGCGGACUCUACAAAGGUCUCAGUAUGAACUGGGUCAAAGGACCGAUAGCAGUGGGGAUCAGCUUCACCACCUUUGACCUCACGCAGAUCCUCCUGAGGAAGCUGCAUCAGAUGGGUUAUAUCCGAUAGAUCUGACGGUGAGGGCGGAGUGAUGUGCUCCGUAUAAGCUCUCAGAAGGAAGAUUUAAACAAACGCACAGCGACUCGGGAUGUGUUGCUAGUAUUAACGUCAAGUGCAAUAUGAUCAAUUACUUUUGAGUGUGCGCACAUGAAUUAUAACGCUUCUCCCCUGGUGAGCUAAACCCGUAAGAAGUUUAAAUGUACACACACACACACACACACACACACACACACACACACACGGUCGUGUGUACAACAAACUCUUUGUUUCCAGAGAUGAAACCAAAGGUUAAAAUCUGAGUUUGGUGAAGAUUUUAAGAGGUUUAUGGACAAACUUGGUCCUGGUUUCUCCCCACAGACGCCGACUUUAACAAAGUUUUCCUCCAAGUUUAAUGAA